GGGCGUCUCUGCAUAAAGCGAUCUCUGUAAGAGGACGGAAUAGGAUCAUGAAUCGGACCCAGUGUAACAUGUCUGCCAUAUGUGUACCCAGAAAGAGGAAAAUGUCAAGACCAAAACUAAACCCUCAAACAUCAGAUGACAUAAAGGAGGUGGGGAGAGAGGCUGAAGGUAGUGGAAUGACACCAUCUGAAAAUUCGGGAACAAGCUCCCAGAAAAUAAAGAGAACUUACACCAGAAAAAAGUACCAUGAUCUCCAGCCUGUGGUCAUUGGACCUACAGAGGAUUCAGCCAAUGUGUCAUCUUGCAGUUCAGUAAUCACUUCCAGUCUGGUCAAUGGCUUGGAAAGCCAACAUAUACCCAUUGGCCACACCAGCUCCUGCAGAAUGGUGGGGGAAAUAGAUGAAUCCAGUUCAGAAACUAUAGAAGAAACAGAUUUUGUGCUGAAGAAGAAACGGAAGAUGGAAGAAGUUGGUCAGCUCUCGUUAAAAAAGUACAUUGAGGAAGUAAAACAGACAGUACCUGUUAUAGUUCCCGUUGCUCAGUUCACCCUGAGGAAUCAGAUAGCAAGCAGUACACAGGAACAGAAAGAACUUCAGUGCACCAAGAAAGAGUUUCCUGUUUAUCCUGCAGGUAGUCAGGAGGAGAAAUGGCAACUGCAAAUUUUGGCAAAGGGUCGAGUUACCUGCCCAAAAUGUAAAAGCGUUGGAAGAAAGACAGUUGAGGGCUUAAAGAAGCACCUGGAAACCUGCAGACUGAAUCCCUUUACAUGCCCACACUGUGAGAAACAACUAAAAACUUCUACUGGAAUGAAGUACCACCUUAUGGCUGACCAUAACAACCUGCCCAUUCCAGAGACUGGGAAUGACGUAGCUGACCAAGCCGUGAAGGAGAAACUACGAAAAGUCCUGAAGAGGAUGGGGAAAUUAAAAUGUUCAAAAGAGGGAUGCACUGGCAGUUUCACUAGUAUAAUGGGUUAUGUGUACCACAUGAAAAAAUGUGGCAAAGAGGUGUCAGAGUUGGAGAAAAUGUUAUUGAACUGUAAACACUGUGGAAAAGCAUAUCGCUCCAGAGCAGGCCUGGAGUACCACGUCAAGAAUGAGCACAGUCCAGUGCAGACACCCCAGGAAAAUGAAAUAGAGGAGGUAAAGACACAGAAAGAGCCCAUCCCAGAACGUACGCAGAGCGGACGGGUCAAGCGUUUGUCAGCACAGGUGGCAGUGUUCCACCUGAGAGAGAUCGCCAGUGAAGAGCUUCUGAAAGAGUGGCCUAAAAGGAAAGUGCAGCGUGACUUGGUGCCAGACGACAGGAAGCUGAAGUACUCCCGUCCUGGGUUACCUGCCUUCAGUCAAGAGACUAUGUGCAAGUGGAAGAAUGAAGUCAAACUGCAUAAAAAAGUGCAAUGUCCGAACAAGGGUUGUGAUUGCUUCUAUACCAGUGUAUCUGGCCUAAAGGCUCAUCUUGGUCUAUGUACCUUGGGGGAAUUUCAAACUGGGAAAUAUAAAUGCUUGAUAUGUAAGAAAGAAUUCCACUCUGAAAGUGGAGUGAAGUACCACAUCAAUUCCAUUCACUCUCAGGACUGGUUUGUUGUGCAGUCAAAAGCCAAGACUUCCAAAUUUGAUAAACUGCACUCAGUCAAGAAUCAGCCAAAGGAAGACUCCAUGAAGCAUUCAGACCUUCCCUCACCAAACCCAGCCCUCAGUUUUCCCCAGGUCCCCAACACCUGGCAGGACAGACAGACAUCAGCGGUGCCCAUGUCAAGUGGGACAAAAAAGAGGAAGGAGGGCAGAAAAAGCAGGAAGGGAAAAGCGAGCAGACAGGAGAAAGACUGCUAUGAAUUCAGCAGCAGUGACAGUCAGAGCAGCAGCAGCAGUAGUGAGAGUUCAAGCAGCGAAUCAGAGGCUGAAGACGCAGCGGACCAGAGAAAAGAUGACUGGGCCCUCAACAGUCCCCUCGCGAAGCCUGGGUCCAGCCAGAAGCCUGAAAAUCUUUCAUAAACCCUCCCUGUUCUUUAAUUCAAAUAUGUGGUUACGGCACUAUGGCAAGGGAACAACUCAAAGGGUCAUUCCAGAAGAAAGUGAACAGUUAAAUCCUUUCACGAAGGAAGAGCGUGUUUAUGUAGAUAUUUGUAUUCCCUUUCUACUGUAUUUACAAGAAGAGUAUACGUUGAUUGGUCUCUUGCAAACUUUGUAAAUAACUGAUCACAUAUCACAUCACAAUUUGAAUUAAUAAAACAUGAAUAUUUCAUACUUAAAAUACUUAAUGUGUUUGGUUUAGUGUGUUGUAGAGAGCACUUUUUAUUUUUCUGUAAGCUCUGUCUCUUGAUCUGCACCUUUCACAUUAGAAUAGUGGCUGACUUGAUGUUGCAGUGCAUUUUGCAUGUAAUGAUGUUCAUGUAUGCUGUGGUGUUGUGAUAUUGCUGAGUGUGAAUCUGUCACUACAGAUGAUAGAAGUCACUCUGAUACUCUGAUAGUUGUUUUGUGAGCAUAUUUUAGUAUGCCAAGUAUGCAGUUACAGUGCACUGUUUCUGGAAAAAGUUUCAGUAUUGUACAUUUGAAAAGCUGCGUUUCCUUGGAUUA